UCCCACUGCUGCUUCUACUAGUUUGCCUGAUCUGGGCUGAACCGAAAGCAACCCACCUCUGGUAGGUAUACUGUACCAUCAAUUGAUAUUGAGGCAUAUAACCACUAGAUGGCAGCAAAGAGAUAUGAGACAUCCCACCCUCUGGGCUGAUUGGUGGUCAUUUGUAUAUUUACAGCCUAUGGUAAAUCCAUAAACCACCAGCCUCCUCCAGUUCAUCUCUGAGAUUAAGGGAGCUGCUCUUGCUCUACAUGUGAAAUGCUUUGCACCUGAGAUUUUUUGCCCAUCAACAUCUGUGAAGCAAUAGAUUAUCUUUCCCCAUGGUCCCUCAUUUUCAAUUAGACAUCUAAACAUGCUUGCAAUUGAUAUGAAAUAUUUUACUAUCUGCAUGGGUAUCAGAUACAAAAAUGUUGCCUAUCUUGUAAAAGGAACAGCCGUCAUGAUUCAUAAAGGUUUCUUUUCAUAAUGCAUUUAAUUUAUAUAAUAAAUUUUGGACAAGAGCACUUAGCUACCUCUCUUGUAAAAGCUAGCCUUUCCCAUCCUGCUCUCUACCCCAAAUCUGUAAUCUAAUUGUUGUGAUACUUAAUGAGGAGGAGUACAUGACACUGCAUGUUGAUUUGAUGCUUUGAUGCACCAGAUCCAUAGCUGAACAAUCCCUUUCCUGCUAGAUACCAAAGCAAAAUUUGAUCUUGGCCUGGCCCAGACUUAAAGCUGCAGAAUUUGCCGAGUUUGGGCUUUUUGGAAAACCCCAAGCUUCCAGGCUUUCUCCUAAGUGCCCUGGAUUUGAAGGAACUCUUGUGUUUUGGAACAAAGCAUCGCACCGCUGGUUCUACCUAUUCCCACUUGGGAGUAAGUAGGGAAGAAGAUGGCAGCAUGAAAAGAAUCUCCCAGGAGAUGUGGAAUAAACUGCCAGGAUCAGCCACAUUAGUGCUGACACGCGCCAGACAAAGGAGCCCAGAUUCUAUAAAUGAGACGGCAGGCUGGGAUUGGCAUUUGGCUGGAUUGUCAGGAAAGAGGCUUUGGCGAUUUGAAGCUGAGAGACCCGAGAGCUGCGAAGAGGAGACGCUUGCCGACUUCAGCUGCUGUGAAUAUUUCUCUACAGCCAGAUUCUCCUGUUUGUUUGGGAAAGUUCUUCCAAUCUUGAGGAUGACCAGAAAAAUCUUCACCAACAGCAGGGAGAGGUGGAGGCAACAAAAUGUCAACAGUGCCUUUGCCAAGCUGAGAAAGCUGAUUCCCACCCAUCCGCCUGACAAAAAGUUGAGCAAGAAUGAGACUCUUCGCUUAGCCAUGAGGUACAUCAACUUCCUCGUCAAGGUCCUUGGGGAGCAAGGACUGCCGCAAACUGGUGUGAAUCCACGAGAAAGGAUACUGGGCCUGUUCCAGCAGAAUCCACAUUUGGAACACAUGGAAGAACUGACUCUCCUUGAAGACUCUGAGGUCCCUUCUCCCAACACAAGCAGCAACAUCCCAGAAUGCUGGUCAGAAACAUCAUCUCCAUAAUCAGUCAGUCAGUUAGUAAUCAUCCUGACUGCAAUUUGAUAGUUCCCCUUGAUAUCGGUUGUGGUAGUUGUUUGUUUCUAUACAGUGUUAAUCUAUUUAUUUAUUUAUUUAUUUAUUUAUUUAUUUGGUCCAUCUUGGUCUUUUAAAACUCAAAUGUACUUUAUGUAAGAGUUUCUGAGGAAGAACAUGGCUUUUAAUAAUUAAAAAGAAUUCCAGUGGUCUAAUCGGCUGUAAAGGGUUUUGAUUUUGAGUGCAAGGGACUUUGACUGGGCCUACUGAAAGUCGCCAAUUGUGACAAAGAAGUGAAAAUUGUCAGGGUCAGUAGCUUGUGGCUGAGUGACACUGUAUGUUUUAAAACAACUGGCUAGGAGCUCUGGGAAUUUCAGUUCCUGAUGAUUUGGCUGCUGGAUUGACAAAGGUUAAUUGAAGAUCUAAGUCAAACAAAUUCUGCAGUUGUGCAUCUUCUUCUGUGGUAAAACAAAUCCUUUCCCACUUCCUGUAAUAUACCCCAGUGAACAACUGAUUAUUUCUUUCCCACUUCCUUUCUUAAGGGAAGAAACCACAUAAAUUGAGCAGCAACAUCUACAACUACAACUACAACUGUGAGCAUCUCAUUGUAUCCAUUUCAAGAGAUGUGAUAACACUGCCUGCUAUAAAUUGGAUAUUUUACAACACUAUAAAUUGGGUAUUGUAAAAGAAAAUAUCUGGAGCUCCAAAGCCAAGGCUAUUCAUUUAAAAAAAACUUUUUUUCAUUUAAGAUACUUUAAUGUCAAAGUUAGUUGAACACUGCUAAGGUCUUCUCCUCCUUUGCCUGCAAUGCCCAGUUCAGUGCAAUCUUUAUGCUAGGAUGUGUGCAUUUCAUUUACUAUUUUUCCUCUGGUAUAUGUCAACACUGGAGGGAGAUAAAAAUUUAACCAAAACAAAAUGCAUAGAGAAUACAUCUGGGCAGAUAGGAGUGGAUGUCCACUAUGCUUGCUCAGAUUUAAUCAACAGAUGCCUAUCUUUUAAAAAAAUGGAUUUUAGCAUUAUUUCAAUGUGAAGAAAAACAUCCUUAAAUUUGGCUGGGAUUACACUUUCCAGAACAUUUGCAAAUAAAAAAUAACUAAAUAAUUUCAAAAGUAGAGCUUAAUAGAAAAACAAUUGUUUCAUUUGCUGUCAGUGACAUUUUGUAAAUCAGAGGUACUAUUUAAUUGCCUUUAAAAUAAAUAUAGGAUCACACGAAUCAUUUAUGGAUUUCUUUCUAUGAGGGAUUCUACUGCACCUAACCUUCUGCAUAAACUGCCCCAAACUGGGUGCCAUUCAUUCACUUAAUUAUCAACAUUGGAUACAGCCACUCCGAAGUUUCUAAUUUUUUUAAAGAUUUCAUAGUUAAGAAUCAAGUUUUUUUCAGUUAAAAACCACUAUUUGAACUCUAAAAUUAGCUACUAAUGUUAUUAUUUUUAGUUAAAUGACAAAGCAAAACCUUUAAAUGGGAAGGGAGGAUGAAACUCUGUGGCAUGCGUGUUUCUAGUUAGGUGGGUUUUUAUUUUACCAUUUUCCAUUUCUUUCACUGCAGCUCUGAUAUCAUUGCCCCUGUCAAGGGCCCCCUAUAUACACGUCAUGAAAACUAGAGGUGAGAGGCAGAGGUGAAGCUAAGACUACUAUAGGGCAGCAGGUCGGGCAAAUUACUUAUAAAAGAUUUUUCCCCCUUCAAAGUGAUCUAAAGCCAAAUGAUAAUAAAUAUUUUGCUCCUUGGCAUAUUUUUUCAUCUUUCAUGCCAAGAUUUUAUUUGUUCAUUUGCUUGUUUGCUUUAUGAAAGAUAAAAAUGCAUUUUUCUCAAUAAAGGCAUGCAGAUUACCGUAAAUUGUACAUUGCAUUAAUGGGUAGUAUGUCAAUAAAUGAAUUAAUGAAUUAAACUUCAGCUAACUAAAAAAAAAUCACUCCUAAUACAUUUUAGAACAUUAUGUACUCACUUAUAACCUUCUUCAAUCCCCUUGUAAUUGUUUUAUUUAAAAAAUAUGCUUUAGGGGAUGGGAAAAAAGUGGUAUGAUAAGCUUAAGCCUAAAACUAAAUUAAUAGUAAUAACAUCUUUUUUAUACUAAUUAAGAUUGUUCUACCUCACCAGUAUUAUUGUUACUGCAUUCCAGCUGAGCCAAAUGAGUUUAAUUUAGUUUAUUAAAAUACUGUACAGUCAUAGACAAAAUAUACAUAAACACCUUACAAAUAUAUUACUCUGCAUCCACUUAAUAAAGGAAAAAGAACUAUUCACACCUGACGAUAUACAUUUAGAAAAACAAUCAAAUCCAAAAACUUGUGGAGACUUCUCCAUCCUGAUUGCCAGUAGGCAUGCAAAAAUGUCAUGUGAAAGCAAUCUAAUAGUUUCUAAUUAGACUGGAGAACUCUGCUCUCCAAAAGUGAUAGAACAUUUCAGAAGUUGGGAUUAGACCGACAUGUGACAAAUUAGUUUUACACUGCUGAUCAUGUGCAGUUGCUCUAGCAGUCCUGCCCAGCAUGAGGAGGACCCAGAGGUUCUGAGCUUUAAUGUAUGUGCUUGGCUGAGCAGGUAAUGGGAUGAAGCUACCCCCUGUAAGAUUAUGGCUGAAUGCCAAAUGAGACAUAGAGUCCUUGAUGUUGGGUGCUCACCAAGUUGAGGAGGUUCUUGUAAGGCUACUGUAGAGGAAAUAAACAGUUCACACUGAUUAUACUAUCUUCUCUUUUCUAACUUCAAGGAAUGAUUUUACACCAUUUCAAGAUGGGGCAAAAAUUAUAGGAGUAAUAGCAAGAUAUAAUAGAGGAAAGAAAGAGUAAUAUCAAAACGUAAUGGAAGGGGUCUUUUUGCAACUCCUAUGGCGCUCAAUAUCUAGUGUUCUUUACACGGAGAACCCAGUAGACCUUUAACACGGAUGUGGGAUGAACAGUCAUUGUGUAUUUUCUAACUCGUGGCUAUGACUUAGCAUUGUGGGCAAAGGAAAUAAUAAUGUCUUCUUUCAGCACAUUUUGGUUAAGAAAAAAGAUGGCUUAGUGCAAUAUUUGAAUCCUGAAAUUUCCUUUCUUAAAUUAUUGUUAACAUUGGAAGAGAAAAGGUUUAAAUCAGUGGAGUGGGAUGUGGGAAAGAGUGGGAAUGGCUUAAGGAACUCCCCUUUUGAAGUUUUAUGGCAUUCUGGUUGCCUCAAAAAGGACCACAUUUAUCAGGGCUCUAGUGUCAAAUUCUUUUCCCAAGUUUAAAGCCUUCAUCUACAAUAUUAUCAAAAUUGUUGAGAAUCUUAAAAUACUGUCCCAGGGGCCAUAUUAAGACAGCAGAAAUCCUAGUGCAGAAAGUUUUAUUCCAGAGUAAAUCUUGCUGAAUUAAGACCCUAACAAUUUUGCAUUUGAAGUAAAGAUGUAAUCCUGAGAACUGAAUAGCGACUAUAGAAAUUAUUAUGACUGUAUUUAAAAAAAGAACAAAAAAGGGAAAUCUUAGAAACGUCUUUAGGUCUGAAAAGGAAGACAGAAGGAAGGACAGCAUGGUGGAGUGGGAAUAGAACGGAACCAUUGGCAACCUAUUGAGCCCAUCUCUUUCUUCCUUCAAGAUGCACUGGUCGUUUUAUCCCAAUUUUUCUCUCAGAAGCUGAUUCUAUUCAUUUUGGAAGUCAAAUUUUCUUUUGUCAAUACAGUUAUGUUCUGUUCAAUUUUCACAGAGUUACUCUGCUGAUGGAUAGAAUCUCAAGCUCAUAUAUAUUUUUCAGCAUUUUCUUGUGUUAGAAAUUAUUAAAAAGUUUAAUAUUUUUAUUAUUAUUAUUGUCUAAAUACACAGUAGUCACAUCUUUUGUGACUAUAGUUAAACAUGUAGAUUUGAUGUGUGAAAACCUAACAGUGAUUCAUGAGAUUCUGGUAUUUUAGCAACAAUGCAAAAUGCAAAGAAUUUAUGAAGAAAUUCUAAAACUGCUGUUAGAUCUAUACAUGAUACAACUUACUGGUUAAAUAAUUCCAAUUAUGUCUCAAAAUAUCUAUGUUUGUAUUGGCAUUGUCCAUUUUAACUUUUAUUUCUGACGAUUAAAAUUUUCCAAAUACACCAAACAAAUGAAAAAAAAAAUCGCUUGGCAAAUCAAUGUUCUGGUGCAAAAACAAAAAGUAAAUAUUUCAUGUUAUAGUGAGAAAAGUAAAUGUAGUAUUUCUUAAGUAUCCUGUCUUAUUACUGUGUAUCUUCUUGCUAUUAAUAUACAAUGUGUGUUUUUAACUAAAUGUCUCUACCAAAGAUUUAUUUUGUUGGCACUUUUUAUGUUUUGUAAGCCCCCUUUGUUUGGCCAAGAAUCUUUUAUAUAUUUUCUUGUACAU